AGUUCUUCGGGGCCCAGCAACGAUCGGUCUCGGACCCUCGAGGGGCCCGCGGGCAGUGGGCGUCAGCAUCAGCUUCGGUGUCUACCGCCGCAGGGGCUGGCCCGUCCGGCCUGUCGCACCAUGGGAAGAGGCUGGAGAAAGAGAACGUGCCGUGUAUGGACGAUGAGGACGAGGACGUUCUCAUGGCGGACGCGGACGCAGUCGCGCAGGAGGACGGGUACGAGUCGCCCUCGCCGUCGCUUGCGCAGGAGGACGGGUACGAGUCGCCCUCGCCGUCGCUUGCGCAGUGGGACUCGCCCGACAUCUCGUCGCCCGUCCGGCCCAAAGCGGGCGAGUGGGGCGACGACUUCGACGCGGAAGAUAUCCUCUCGAGCCCGCCGCUGCCUCGAAAUCAACGGCCGUCCCGCUCGGCGGGCUCGGUGGUUACGGUCGAGCGUGCGAUUACACGUGCGCUGCCCCUUGUUCCCCUUCGGGCGCCAUUAUUCGGAGGACGUACGACAAAGUCCGCAGGCUCCACUUCGCAUGCGCAUUCAAAUUCAACAAGCUUCAGGAAGCAGGACGGCCGCGGCCGGAGUGCGGCGGCCCGCGAGCCAGACCUGCGGGACGCGUUCGACGACUGGGACGAGGAGGUCACGAGCGGGGGCGAGGACUUUGCGGAGUGUGAGGACGGUGACGGGCCCGGGUCGACGGCGUCGUCGACCCCUGGGCCUGUGACGCCCGCGGACGCGGACGCGGACACACUGGCGUAUGAAGAUGAAUGGCGGUACGCACACGGAGGGGCCGUUCGCGUAAUGGGCGGGGUGGGUGUAGGUGGGGAAGACGUAAGAGCGAGGGAGGCAGCCGCUGCGGCCGAGGGUAGCUCGGAAGAACUCGAAGAAGACCCGCUGGAGGAGGUGGGUGCAGGCGUCGCACGCGAUGCUAACGCCCGCGUCGCGCGCGGCUGGCGGGAGAAGUGGGCGUGCAGCCACAGCGGCCCGGGCGGCUCUCGCGGACAGGGAGGAGGUGUGGGCGUAAGAGGUAAUGGUGUAGGAGGAGGAGGACAAGGAGGAGGUGCAAGUGGCGGCAACGAUCGGAAACAGCAACAGACCCCUCUCCGGCGCAGGGAGACCACGAUGACGCCGGACGGACGGCAGCGUCCGCCUGGACGGGCAGUGGUGCGCAGUGCGCCGCAGGUCGCCAAGCGGGCGAGUCUGCCUUCGUUUGACGGCGAGGAGCUGCGUGCCGUCGGGCGUACGCGGCUGACGUUCAUCACGGACGACGUCGCCACACCCAAGACCAAGGCGAAGCCCAAGGCAGCAGCAGCAGCAGCAGCGCGGCCGGGGUCGGCGGACGGGACGGGGGCGGCGGCGAGGAAGCGGCUGGAGCAUUUCAGGUGGACGCCUGCAUGUCGAUGAGGGAUCUGAGGCAGGGG